UCCUUUGAUAAUCCAAUACAAGUAUUUAACUCAAAAAUAAAAACAGAAUUUCAUCCAUACGAUCUUGAUCCAAGAUAAUAAUGGGGAAAACAAGCAAAUGGAUUCGAAGUCUCUUAACCGGAAAGAAAGAGAGAACAAAGGAACAUAUUAUUCAAAGCGAGUGUGGAUUCACUUCCUCCAUUCCAGGCACUCCUAAAGAGAAACGUCGAUGGAGUUUUCGACGUUCUUCAGCCACUGGACCACCACCAGCUUGUGCUAUUACCUUAAAAGAUUCACCGCCACCGCCACCACCACCUCCACCUCCACCUCCACCACAACCAUUAGUGGUCGCAAUCGUGGACAAUGAAAAUGAACAAAUCAAGAACGUUUCAGCCGACGAGAUUGAAGAAUUUGCAGCAAUAAAGAUUCAAGCGUGUUAUCGUUCUCAUUUGGCGAGGAAAGCAUUAAGAGCAUUAAAAGGGUUAGUGAAAUUACAAGCACUAGUGAGAGGUCAUUUAGUAAGGAAACAAGCAACAGCUACACUUAGAUGUAUGCAAGCAUUAAUAACACUUCAAGCCAAAGCUCGAGAACAGAGGAUUCGUAUGAUCGGAGGAGAUUCAACAAAUCCAAGAACAUCGAUUCACAAAACCCGAAUCAAUAACUUUUACCAAGAGAAUGAAGAAAACAUCAAGAUUGUGGAAAUGGACAUUCAAUCGAAAAUGUACUCUCCGGCUCCUUCGGCUUUAACCGAGAUGAGUCCUCGCGCGUAUAGUAGCCAUUUCGAGGAUUGUAACUCUUUCAACACAGCUCAAAGUAGUCCUCAAUGUUUCAGCAGAUUCAAAGAGUAUUACAAUGGAGAUACUUUGUCUUCUUAUGAUUACCCUCUCUUCCCAAACUACAUGGCUAAUACUCAGUCUUCUAAAGCCAAGGCUCGGUCUCAAAGUGCGCCGAAGCAGAGACCUCCUGAGAUCUAUGAGAAACAGAUGAGUGGGAGGAGAAGAUCUUCGAUGGAAGCACCGAGGAACAACGGUGUCCCGAGAGCUGUACGGAUGCAGAGAUCUUCAUCUCAACUAGGGUCAAACACAGCCAAGGAAAGUCAACAACAUCAUCAUCAGUAUUAUCCGUGGAUGGCGAUUAAGCUCGAUAGAUCUAAUAUAUCGCUUAUGGAGAGCGAAUGCGGAUCUACUAGUACCGUUAUGACUAAUACCAACUACGGUAGACAUGUUGAUGUUCAGGGGAACGACAUGUACUGAAAACUAUGAUUUAGUAAUCCUAGACAAGCCUAGAAACCGAAGAGCUCUAUGGUUUGUAGUAUUUGAUCAAAAUAGUUUUAAAGAUGAUGAAGAUUCAGGAAAGAACAAAUCCUUUUAUGUAAAUUAAGAUUGAAGUAGAAG